AUGGAUGCUCACCACAGUCAUCAGGAUCAGAACAAAUUCUACGCUCUGCCCGGACAGGUUGACCAAAGGAAUAAGCCAGCCUAUCGAUACUGUUCUACGCUGGCUAACUUCCGUAUAGAGAAGAAGAUUGGGCGGGGCCAGUUUAGUGAAGUGUACAAAGCCACCUAUCUCCUGGAGGGAAAACAGGUGGCACUGAAAAAAGUCCAGAUAUUUGAGAUGAUGGAUGCCAAAGCUCGUCAGGACUGCAUUAAAGAGAUUGACCUGCUAAAGCAGUUGAACCAUCCUAAUGUGAUAAAGUACCUGGACUCCUUCAUCGAGGAUAACGAACUGAACAUCGUUUUGGAGCUGGCCGAUGCUGGUGACCUUUCUCAGAUGAUACAGUAUUUCAAGAAGAAAGGCAGGCUGAUUCCUGAGAGAUCUAUCUGGAAGUAUUUUGUCCAGCUUUGCAGUGCGGUGGAGCACAUGCACUCCCGCAGAGUCAUGCACAGAGAUAUCAAACCAGCAAACGUGUUCAUCACAGCCACAGGAGAGGUUAAACUGGGAGACCUGGGACUGGGCCGCUUCUUCAGCUCCAAAACCACAGCUGCACACUCUCUAGUGGGAACCCCAUAUUACAUGUCACCAGAGAGGCUUCAUGAAAAUGGCUACAACUUCAAAUCAGACAUCUGGUCACUGGGCUGUUUACUCUAUGAGAUGGCAGCACUCCACAGUCCCUUUUAUGGGGAUAAGAUGAACUUGCUGUCUCUCUGUCAGAAGAUCGAACAGUGUGACUAUCCUCCUCUGUCUCCUGAUCACUACUCACAGAAGCUGAGGGACCUGGUGAGCAUGUGUAUUAACCCAGACCCAGACCAGAGGCCAGACAUGAGCUAUGUGCUGCAGAUCGCCCGACAGAUGCACAACUGGACAUCCAGAACUUGAAAGAUUAACAUGUCUCCAUCUCCACAAAACACAACUUUACCUCUCACUGAA